UGUUCUGUUUGUCAAAUUGUCAAUGUCACCGCAUCAAAAACGAUUCUAUUAUUAUUAAUAAAAUUAGUAAUAUUUUAUUUUAAUGUAUUCUCGAUUAAAUAUCUAGUUUAAGACCAAUGAACGAUUAACAAUCGUGCAGUUGACACAUAAAGCAAUGACAAUUUUGUUGGAAUCUUAACAUUACCUGUUUUGAAAACACAACCUUGAAAUAUGGCCUUUACGAGAAUAGUUGGUAAAGCCUGUGGCUUCAUGGGAUAUGCUCUACAAACGGCUUGUAUUACUCACUGUACUUUUGAAUACGUCGGAGACUUCGUCAUGUGCUCUGGUCCAUCAAUGGAACCGACCCUUCAAACAAACAACAUACUAUUCACCGAACACGUAUCUCCGCGGUUGCAACGACUGCGGCGCGGGGACAUAGUAAUAUGUCGGAGCCCUUCUAACCCUAGACAGAAUAUUUGUAAACGAAUAACUGGUCUUCCAGGUGACCGCGUUAGAGGUAAUUUUCCUAAACGUAACCAAGUAGUUCCUAGAGGCCAUGUGUGGUUAGAAGGGGAUAAUUCCAAUAACUCCGCAGACUCUAGAACUUACGGCCCCGUUCCUGAAGGACUCAUUAGAAGUAGAGUUGUUUGUCGUGUUUGGCCUCUAGAUAAAAUUGCGUUAAUAUCCCAAUGUUGAAUACCUAAUACUAGGAAACCAGUGAUAUUGAACUAGAGAUGUUUUUUUUUUAUACUAAGCGUCCAAGUGAUGUAGAUAAAGCUACUAAUUACCAAUGGUAAGGAUGUUUUUUUUUUAAUGUAGUGCACAGAGUGUAUUGAUUUUUAUUACUGCCUAAUUAUAGGUGCCAAAAUAAAAACA